AUGAAGAAGGGUCGCGUCACGCCCAGCCCCUCUCCAUCACCUACCCAAACGCCAUCGCCGACUGGCGACGUGUUGAGUGGCUACUCCGCUCAGACGACAAUCAGCGGUCGUGAGUGCGCGCCUUAUAUCUACAGCUGGAGCACCUCCACUCAACUCGGAGCUGAAGUGGUGCAUGAUCUACUAAUGCGUUCGUUGUCGAUCUGGGAGAAUAAGGACGUUGUUCGAUGCUGUGCCUGCCACAACAAGGAUCUCUACCAUAACAUCGGCAUGUGGAGGGUGUGCCGCAAAUGUGGGACUAGUGUGUUGAACUGGCGAGGCGUAAACGGCAGAUGUUCCCCAGACGAGGCGUUCCACCAGGAGAACACCACCAACAUUUUGGAAGCCUUGAAGGGAUCCUGCCUCGAAUGUCGGAUGCGCCGCUGCAUCAUUUUUGGAUACACCCCGGUGCAUCCGCGAGUUCAACGCCUCUUCAGCGUCUGGCCAAAAGCCGGCGCAAGCGUGCGCACCGCGGUUGAGCUCGAC